GUGCUAUACUUUUGUUGUACUGCAACACACGCCGCCACACCGCUGUUGGCCUCAGUACUGAUCGAUAUCCAAUUCCGGGAGAAUUUAGGGUCAUGCCGGGAUACUUGCUGUGGAGCUUCUUGGGAUCCAUCCUCUAUAUUGUAUCUGGUACAGAAACCGAUCCUUGGUGCAGUACAAGUUGGGACGAAUUCAUCGUAGGUGGCAGAAAUGCGACACCAGGGGAAUUUCCUUGGCACGUACGUCUGGACUUUAUUCAUGAUGUCGGCUUGCGGUGCGGUGGAGCACUUAUCGCGUCUGACAUCGUUGUUACUGCGGCGCAUUGUGUAACCAAGUUCGAAAUGUCAACUCUCCGGGUUGUCGGUGGAGUCGAGUGGUCUGACCCUCCCAGUAGCACGCAGACACGGAAGGUAAAAAACAUCAAGGUACACGAAGAUUUCCAGGAUCCGCCUCUUUACGACAUCGCUUUGCUGAAACUAGAUGAACCAUUCGACAUUCUAGCGAGUAAUUGCACCAUUGGCUCAAUUUCACUCCCGGAAAAAGACUACAGGAUCGAGGGCGACGUCUUCGUCACAGGAUCGGGCCUCGACGAAAACUACAGGUACCCUCCUACAUUGCAAGUCGUCUCUCUCCCAGUCACUAGUCCGCAAUGGAAAUGCAUCGCGUGCCCUAUCAGGAAGCGCCUGGUCUUCUGCGCUGGAGCGACUGGUAAAGACACGUGCAGAGAUGACUCGGGGGAUCCAGCUAUCCAGUAUCCUGAAGGAAACCCUGUUCUUGUUGGAAUUACAUCCACUGGUCCCAGAAACUGUGGGGACGGCACUCCCGCAAAGUACGUUAGGGUGUCUGCGUUCCUCGACUGGAUAGCACAUAACAAAGGAGUGCUCAACUAGUAAGAAAAGAAAACGCUCUUUCGUGAUUUCCUUCUCAAGCCUCGGCCUUCAAUGGCCACGAGAGAGAAGGAAUACCUUGAGCAAGCGGUCAGAAAGAACUAGGGGUUGAUACAAAGUGCUUCUGAAUGUUGCGAUUCCUGUGUGAGAAUCCGCAGUCCAAUAAAAGGU